CAUGACCAGUCAUCAUUUUGUAUUUUGGUUAUUUACAUAUGAAAUGUUUUUAAGAAAAUAAUAUUUAAUACAGCAACAAGAAUACUUUAAAUCACAUUGUUAACCAUGGAAGAGUCAGUAGCUGCUCAGUACGCCGUCCAAAUAGCCGUUCAAACAUUAAAAGACAGAUGCAGGACUUUACAGCAAAGAGUGGCUGAGUUGGAAGAAGAAAAUGUAAAUUUAAGAAUGUCUUGUGUACAGAGAGAACAGGAUAGUUUAUCACUGACGGAAAUUGAUAGACUCAGGCAACAUGUGGCUGAAGUAAGUGAGCAAAAAAGUCAGUUACAAAAUACAGUCGAAAUGGUAACAAAUGAGAACAAGGAACUGUGGCGAAAAUUAUUGAAGCUUAUGAAAACUAAUCGAAAUUUAGGAUCUCAGUUGCAUCAGAUCAGUGAUACAUUAACUAAUCAUAAUUCAACUCUGCAAAGGUCCAAGACUUUUACGCAAACAGAGCCACAUGUCAAAGUUUUACAAAAAAAACUUGAGGAAAAUGAUCAAAUCAGUUCGGAGUUGGAGAAUAUAUCUCUUAAACUUAUUGACAGUUUCUCUAAAGAAAAACAAGAGUUUGAGGCCUUGUGUACUGAAAUUAAGGAUUUACAUGCUACAGAUAAUAUUGCAGCCGAAAACUUUGCCUUUUGUUAUGAAGAUGACUUAGAUAGUGAUACAUUUAAUGAUUUAUAUGGAGUCUUAGAAGAGCUUAGGUUGUUAAAAGAAGAAACAAUGUUACAACAAAAUGUUUUAAAAGCUUGUUUAAAAAAAAUGAAAGAAUAUGAGCAAAAUCAUCAGAAAAUCCAAAGUGUAGAUAAGGAGACACUAACUGAUGAGUCACUGCUCAGUUCAACACAAGAAGUCGAACCACUACAACAAAAUUCUGAUCCUCCAAGUGAUAGAGUUUGUCCAAUGUGUUGCAAAGUCUACUACAAAAAUACAAGCUUUGAGGACUUUCAACAACAUGUGCAGGACCACUUUCAGGAGGGUUUUGAAAUGUUAUAGCACCUGUUUCUUGUAAUAUGUUUAAAAUUGUGAUAUAUACCAAUUUGAACAAAACAUUUGGCAAUUUGCAAGAAGGAAACACAGUGACACGUUUUAUAGUUAAUAGUAGAGUAUUUUUUAUCAUGUUAUAGUGUCACUAGGGUUGUUUUCUUGAGCCUCUGUUUCAUCUUGUGUCACAAUUUUUAGUUAAUAGACUGAUAACUAGAUAAUAUUAAUAAUGUAUUAUUUUGUGAUUUAUGAAGAAAUGGAGCAUUUAAUUCUUAUGCUCUAUAUUUAUUUAGAAAUGUGAAAGAUUUCA